CUAGACGCGCAUUUUUUACGUUUUAUUUACAAUUACUAAAAUGAUGCACCAAACGGCAAUGCCUUUAUUAAUUCCUAUAAAAAAUGUUAUAAAUACAGUUCAAUUAACUGAAGGAAAUAUUCAAAAUGUAUCAAUUCCUAUGCAAUCAACACAAAUAAGUAACUUGGUAAAAUUAGAACAACCCAAACAAAAUAUUUGUUUUCAGGCUAUUGAAUCAGUAGGUGUGGCAAAUCCUAAUAUACAAAUUGUUGCUGAAAAUAUAGAUGAAAGUCAACAAACUGUAGUUUAUCAGGUUGUUUAUCCAGAGGAACUGGAUUUAAAGCCUACAAUAACAAAAAGGGGUCGCCCCAAACGUAAGCAAACUGCAGAGAAAAAAAAUGUUCAACCAGUUCCUGUAGACCCACCAAAGACAGCCAGAACACGCUCUGGAAGGUUGGUAAAACUGCCAAAGCACAUAGAAAAGGAUUUUGAAAAAAUAGAAAUAACAGAUGAACUAGAAAUUGAAACUUCUGCAUUUGUAAGGUUUGAAGAUAAAAAUAAGGAGAAUAGUGAUGAGUUUAAAAAGCUUGAUAUGCAUCAAAGAAAAAGGACUAUAUCUGCCCAAUACAGGUGUCCUAAGUGUCAAAAAGCCUACUUGGGCAAGGCUAAGAUGAUUCAGCAUUUACAAAAGUAUCCAGAUCAUGGCCCUCUGCCUGAUAAGUUGAAAGAGGCCAACUUUGACGUUUGGAACUAUUUGGUUGACAUCACACAAAAAAGUCCACCUGGGAGGAGGGGGAGUAAAUUUUGCGAGGAAUUAACAAAUUUGCUGCAUAAUGUUCAGUUGUUAACAACAGCAUUGUUUAAGAAAAAUGAGGGGGAUAAUUGUGUGGAAAUCGAUAAGGUUUUAGGAAAUGCUAUAGGUGUAAAUCCGGGAAAUUACAAGUUUGACGAAAAUGAGUUGUAUAAAGAUGUUACAGUAUUAAAAUUAAUUACUAAUUCUGAUUUUUUUAAUGCCAAAAGUAGUAAUAACAUAUUUAAAGUGGAGGAAAAACUAAAAAAUACUGCAGAAGUUAAAAACACUGAAAAUGCAAGUUAUUUUUCUGCUCCGCCAAUCAAUCAAAACUCUUCUAAUUUGGAUGUAAUUCUUAAUGAGUUUACUUACACGGAAAAAAAUUUCAAUGCAGACUUGCCAAAUUUACCAAACAACUAUCAACCAUUUACAAAAAAAGAAAAUAAUACUCACAUCAUAGAACACAAUACCAUAAUAAAUUAUGACAAAAAAAAUGUUCCUAUAUUAGAUAAUCGGAUUGAUUUGCUUUCCGAAAAUUCUCUACUAACUUCUCUUCCACAUUCAUCAGUAGAUGAGCUGAUGUCAGCUGUAGACUCAACUUCAAAUUUAUUGGACAACUCAAGCUCUGAUGAAGUAAUGAAUGUUGAUCAAUUUGUAAACGAAAGGUUUAAAAGGAUUACAGAGCCAGAUAUUGAUUUGAGUAAUUCGUUAAACUUGGACUUGCCUAGCUUACAAUUAGACUUGUUCCAAUUUCAUACCAAUUAAAUUUAUUGUAGUAAUUUGAACUGUGC